UUUCAGAAGGCAUUUUAAAAACAAGUUCCUCGAAAACUACUGCAUUGUGAUAAACAGGUUUCAUUUUUUCACGACUAGUAAUUCUGAAAGCGCACUUUCAUAUGAUAUUGGCACAUUCCAGAAUAGAUUUUCUUGCAGCGUUAUGGGACUGCACACUUUUACAGGCGUUAAAGUUUCCAUUCUUUAAAGCAUGUUAUUAAUUUACAGCAUCCAUUGCUUAACAUCACAGGAAAAACAGCCUCUAAAAAUGUUAAAGACUGAACUCAAAGGUAACUACAAACAAGGGGUCACGCACGUACACACCGUUGUACUAAAUGGAAAAUAGUUAAUCCACUUCAGAGUGAAUACCGAAAACAAGCUGACAUAAAACACAUAUAUAAUUAAAAUUAAAACCGUGGGACGAGGUCGUUUUGAUCUUUUGUCAUUUAAGCUUUGUAUAGUUGUAUCUUUCAAAAUUGACCAAAACACAACAGUACAUUUAAACUUAUGCGGAAUGUUUAUCGCUCUCCGGAGUUUUUUUGUUUAUUUUUUGCUAGGGAAUUGUUUAGUUCAAUGUGUUAAUGUGCACAAUUAAAACUGUUAGCCUUUCUAUAUAACACAUACAUACAAUGCGUUGUUCUAAAUACAGUAAAGAUGCAAAUGCACGGAACUGUAACAUGAUGUGCACACGAUCCUGUAUCCAGAUUUUGUUUGUCUCGUCAGUUUCAAGGUUUGUGCUUGCUCCGCCCCUCAACAAUCCUAUAUCAGCAGUUGCCAAAGGGGCAUUGAGCACUUCUUUAUAUUUGUUGGGCAGAGGUUGGAAGUGUUUCGUUUUGGUGUUUUGUCUACAGUUUUCAGCGAUUUGGAAUACAGACUGUAUAGUAAUUAUAGGAUCUCUACACUUCAUUACAUUGUGCUGAGUGAAACCGUAAGAGGAGAUACAGCCCACUAGAUAGGGGGAAUGGCAGACCGCAUGAUGGCUAUGAACCACGGACGAUUCCCCGACUCAGCAAACGGUCUUCACCAUCACCACCCAGCACACAGGAUGGGAAUGGGACAAUAUUCAAAUCCUCAUCUCCACCAGCAGCAGCAGCAGCAGCAGCAGCAGCCGCCGCCGCCACAGCCACAGCUGCAGCACGCAUACAACGGGUUAAUGGGCGAUCAUUUACUCUAUGGAGGGGGUAAUAUGAACUCAAACAACGGGAUCAGGCAUGCAAUGGGGCCAGGGAAUGUGAAUGUAAAUGGGGGUCAUCCCAACAACAACAUACCUCCCAACGCAAGAUACAAUACACAAUAUGUGGGGCCUGCUGUGAAUAGCCAAGGGCAGCUAGCGGCCAGCAUGCAGCUACAGAAGCUCAACAACCAGUAUUAUACCCAUCACCAGCCUGCUCCUCACCAUCAUUACAUGCCGGACUUGCACCCAGCAAACCAUCAAAUGAACGGACCAGGCCAGCAAUACAGAGACUGCAAUCCAAAACGCAGCACCUCAGGCAUGCCUCCUCCAGUCCACCACCAUGUGCCUGCAGCAAUGCUGCCCCCCAAUGUCAUAGACACAGAUUUUAUAGACGAGGAAGUCUUGAUGUCUUUAGUUAUAGAAAUGGGAUUGGACAGAAUAAAAGAAUUGCCAGAGCUCUGGUUAGGACAAAACGAGUUUGAUUUCAUGACAGACUUUGUUUGCAAACAGCAGCCCAGCAGAGUGAGUUGUUAGUCUCACCAGCAGGAUUUGUUUUUUUGUUUUUAAAGAAGUACAAAAAAAGCAUUCCUUGACGGUUACAGUAUCUGUUUUCUUAAUGGCAUUGACUUGGCAGAAAUUGUACAGUGUGGACAAAAUAAUGUUCCUCAAACCAGUGUGUUUAUUUAAGCUUACCUCUAAAAUUUAGAGGUUGGGAGCAUUUUUUGUCAUGAAACUGUGUUUAACUCAUCUCCGUGGAUGAUGAAUAAAUGUCAUUACUGGGGAAUUUUUCCAAGUCUUUGAUAUGGGUUUGAGUUCAUUUAACAAACUCUAAGAAAAUAUGUGUUCUUGGUACAUUGCUCUGGGGUAACUAAACGCUACCCUCUUAGUGAAAGUCUGACACAUUGCUGUGCUAGGACAGAUAUUUCAUUUUCUGUAUUAUUCUGGAAUGAAUUUAUUUUGUAAUGAAGAUGUUAAGAAAAUAAUAUAAAUUAAACACAUUUAAAAUUAUGUAGAUGGCUAAACAUGCUUUUAGGGAAGUAUUGUGUAAUUGUUAAUGACAGUAAUACACUGUAAAAUGUAUUGGCCAUAUAUUCCAGAUAUUUGUGCUGUUAAAUUAUAUCUGCCUAAUUACAAAGGAAGAAAACUAAAAAAAUGUGUUUCACAUUAGCUCUUUGGUGUACAAUUUUUAAAUCUUUGGUGCCACUAUCUGAAAUGUUAUUUUCUUAUAUUGUGUGGUGUGUGUGUUUUUUUUUUUUUUUAAUAGUACCAAAUGCAUUUGUUUUUUUAAUAUAUGCCAAUGGAAGCAAACAGUCAAUUUGCUUUAUGGUUGAUCUUUUAUUCCCUAAAGGGAUACUGUGUCUUUUUAAACAUAUGCUAGGCAAACCUGGUCAGGCCAAGGAAAGGGAUACUGUUUCUAGAAAAUCUGCUGCCACCCUCCCCCACCAUCCUUUUAUGUAUAGUCAAUAAAACAUUGUGGAAUGUUGACUAGUUAGUGGCAUACAUUUCAUGAAGAUUUUUUUGUUUUUUUUUGUUUUCUUCAGUUUCUACAAUUUCCACCACUGUGCUAAAUAUAGUUUAUGCAAUACAUGGCAAUACUACUGUGUGGAAGCUUUCUGGGAAAGCUUGACAGUAUUUUUGUACAAUUUUUUAGAAAAAAAAAUGUUAAUUUAUUAUAUUUUAAUUUGCGAACAUGAAUAAAAGCUAAAAAAAUAUA